AUGCUAGCGCCCUCACUGAGCGCACUCAUUGUCAUGAUUGCUAUACUUGACAUGGGAAACGCUCGGCGAAAAAAAUGUCCGGAUGGGUUUUGGAAAGAAGGCGCAAUAAUCCAAGCGCUGAUGAAGAAUUAUACAAAAAUGCUGCCUGAAACUGAAGAUGCUGUGCAAGUGGACAUCGAAAUACAUGUACAGGAUGUUUCGGCACUGAAUGAAAUCACUGCAGAUUUCGAUGUGGAUAUAUUGUACACUCAGCUGUGGCACGAUCAAGCGCUAAGCUUCGCAAACUACAGCGCUUGUAAGCACAAUAUUACAAUGGAAUCCAAGUAG